UUUUAGAUAGGGGGCACAAGUAACCCGUGUAAACAUGGCGGUCUAAAACUACAACUACACAGCAGAGCGAGGCUCUCUCUUCUGGGCGGCUCCAUUCCGCUUCCAGCACUCCGACACUGCUCAGUGCUCAGAGAAGUAACCUAACACAAACAUGGCGCCCACUCGCAACGACACACAGCGCUCGGAGUGAGCUGAGAAGUGGGGAGAAGUUUUCAGGAAUACACGCUGUUGUUCUGCGCUGUUGUUCUGGACUGUACUGGACAUCGGUUCGGUGCUCAGAGGCUGUGUGUGUGAGAGAGAGAGAGAGCGAGCUGAACGCUGAGUUGUCUUAAUGUCGGCGCGCUUUCCUCCAGACCUGUAAACAGCUGGCACGUCCAGCCAUGAUUGAAGACAAGGGUCAUCGCGUGACGGACUACUUUGUGGUGGCCGGACUGACGGACAAGUCCACACCACUGGAGCAGGACCUGUCCGAGACCAAGUCGAGCGGACCCAAAGCCCCCAUCACUGACUUAGCAGUGAUUAACAAGUCAGCGGGUGAAACGGUGCCUGAGGGUUUUACAUGUAUAGAAAGCACAUACAGCGGCCAGCAGGCCAAUCUCAACCACGGCAGCCUGAAAAGUCCCGAACUCUUUCUUUGUUAUAAGAGAGGCCAUGGAAAGCCCCCCCUCUGUGACAUUGGGGUAAUGUAUGAUGGGAAAGAAAGGCUGAUCCAGGGCUGCGAGGUUAUCCAGGCCACACCGUAUGGUCGCUGUGCUAACGUCAAUAACAGCUCCGCCACAUCUCACCGCAUCUUUAUCACGUUCAGGCGAGCGCCGCAUGCCCAGCCUCGCAACUCUCUGGCUGUUACAGACAUCUGUGUAAUAGUCACAAGUAAAGGAGAGACUCCGCCUCAUACCUUUCUCAGGGUGGACAAGAACCUGAACUGUGGAGUGUGGGGGUCCAGUGUGUACCUGUGUUACAAAAAGUCAAUGUCCUCGUCCAACUCGAUUGCCUAUAAAGCGGGUCUGAUCUUCCGCUACCCAGAAGAUGAUUAUGAGAACUUUCCCCUUUCUGAGUCAGUGCCUCUGUUCUGUCUUCCUAUGGGGGCCAAGAUUGAGUGCUGGGCUCCAAACACACGCUACCCCUCACCUGUCUUCUCCACGUUUGUCCUAACCAACUCGUCUGGGGAAAAGGUGUAUGGUGCAGCCAUCCAGUUCUAUGAGCUCUACCCAGCAGAGAACUUGAGUGAGAAGCAGAAGAUUCAACUUGGACUCCUCACCACUGUGGACAAGAAGCCCAUUCCCAAUCGCACAGUCAACGCAAACAAGUGCAUCUGUGUGCUGUCCCGCUGGCCUUUCUUCCAAGCUUUUAAGGACUACCUCCUCUUCGUUUACAAGCUCUCGACUAAUGCUGGUGACCCUCUGCCCAUUGAGAAGCACAUCUCUCAUUUUAUGAACAAUGUGCCCUUCCCUUCCCCCCAGAGACCCAGAAUACUGGUCCAGCUCUCGCCACAAGACAGCUUGAUGCUGUCCCAGCCUGUAUGUACACCUUUACCACUAAGUGGUGCAGAUUAUAGCACUUUGCUUGCAAACCUGGGUUCAGAAAACUGUGCAACACUGCUGCAUUUGGUGCUGCUGGAGAACAAGAUCCUUUUACACUCACUCCGACCAGCUGUACUGACUGGUGUAGCUGAGGCUGUAGUGGCGAUGAUUUUUCCAUUUCAGUGGCAGUGCCCAUACAUCCCUCUAUGUCCUCUUUCUCUGGCUGGGGUCCUAAAUGCACCCUGUCCUUUCAUUGUGGGUGUGGACUCCAGAUAUUUUGAUCUCUAUGACCCCCCGCCGGAUGUGGUUUGUGUGGAUCUGGACACCAGCACUAUUUACCUGUCUGAUGAGAAGAAGAACUGUAGCUGGAAAAAUCUUCCCAAAAAACCCUGCAAGAGCCUGAUGAACUCGCUGGUUAAUCUGCACCAACAGCUUAAUACAGUGAGACAGUCAUCUCCAGAAUAUUUGGCAGUGGAGAUGACACCGAUUGAGGCGGACUUCACCUGGCAUAAAAAGAUGACCGGCCUUGAGAUGGAGGUCCAGGAAGCUUUUCUGCGCUUUAUGGCCUCCAUACUAAAAGGCUACCGUUCUUACCUCACACCCAUCACCCAGGCACCAUCAGAGAAAGCCACCUCUGCCGGCUCCCUCUUCGACUUGCAGGGAUUUUUAAAGAGCAGAGAUCGUGCUCACCAGAAGUUCUAUACACCGCUCACGAAGACCCAGAUUUUCAUUCGCUUCAUUGAGGAGUGCAGUUUUGUCAGUGACAAGGACACCGGCCUGGCUUUCUUUGACUACUGCAUUGAAAAGCUUUUUCCAUCUGAUAAAGGAACAGACAAGGGCACCAAGGUUGAAGGAGAGCUGUCAGAAGAUACCAGGCUGGUGGAGCUGGAUGAGUCCCAGAAAAGCGAGCACACAGUGUUUGUCAUGCCUCCCGAACCCCCUCCUGAUGAUGGCACAGAGCCUCCUCCUAAAUACAGCUACAAGAGCUUCCCUCAAUUACAGCUGGAGUUGUUUGAUCGGCCGCUGACACCGAAACCAGCACUUAGCACUAGAGUAGCAGGUUCCAGUGAUUCCAACAGCCCUGCACUCCUGGCUAAAAGAACCAAACAGGAAGUCAAGAUGGCCUACAAGAUGGCAAAGCGCUACUAUUCAAAUCCUCCGCUGUGGGCAAAGUGUCUGUUCAGCCACUGCUACAGCCUGUGGUUCAUCUGCCUUCCUGCAGGCAUGCGUUUGGCCCAGUCAAAACCUGCUGCCAUGCAGCAAGCCCUUGAUGUCCUAAUCAAGAUGAGGAGCUCAAAGAUAGAGCUGCUGGAUGAGGUGUGUUACCGUGUGGUGAUGCAGCUGUGUGGGCUGUGGGGGAUGCCAGUCAUGGCUGUUCUUGUCUUAAUGGAGAUGAAGCAGGCUGGUGUUGAGGCCAAUGCCAUCACUUAUGGAUACUAUAACAAGGCUGUCCUGGAGAACCCUUGGCCUAACCAGAACCGCAGCGGACGUUUUAUGUGGACCAAGGUGCGAAAUGUAGUUCGAGGAGUGACUCAGUUUAAGCAGGCUAUAAAAAGAGAUCAGUCCAAAGGCACCCCUCCCAUUACAGCAGUAGUGUCACUGGAUGCAAUAGCAGAUGGAGAUGGGGACAGAUUCAGUCACUGCAGUGCAGACAGCUCCAGUGAAGCUAACGGAGAUGAACAUGUACUGUUCUCACGCCGCCUAACUGGAGGAGACAAAGAUGGGUGUCACUCUAGCACAGGUGGACAGUCUGACCAGGGUUAUGGAUCUAAAGAUGAGCUUCAUCAGGAUGCUUUAGAUGCUGCUAAAACAACAGAAUGUUCUCUUGCUGUUGAUAAACACACCCACAAGAGUAAACCUAUCAAGAGUCAACAGAAUGGGAGGAACAUUGCCGGUUCUGUUGAUAGUGCACUGGCAGUAUCAGAGCCUCCCAGCCCUGCUGAACCUACGCCUCCUUUAGCCAGCAUCGUAAAACAGUCUCCUGGGGGAUUUGAUAAAGCAAAAGACUCAGGUGGUUAUUUCUUCACUGCUCACAAUAAGAGUAGGGACAUUGCUCUGACAGAGGAUGAUUGCCCUGCAAACCCGGACUUGAUGCAAAGCAGCCAGCAGCAGAGAGCCAAAGCCUUCGCCGAGCGCAGCUGCAGUUUUAGUGCGGAGAGUCGAGCCGGCAUGCUGCGCAAGAAGAGCAGUCUGGAGCUGAGCGUGGACCACAUGGGCGCUGAUGCUAAAAUCCUUACCGCUGCUUUUUCUGGGGGCAGGACUCCACCCCCUAUUACUUUCUCGGACUCUUUGUUUAAAGACCUGGAGGUCAAACCUGAAGCAAGCUCAGGUAUUUUGGUGGACGUUGAUGAGAAAGAGAUGGAGGAAAUAGAUCUGAUGAGUUUUGGGGAGAAAAGGAAUGAAGAAAAGGACAAAAUCCAGGAGAGCCAUGAAGCAGUAACGCCCAAGGGAAAUGAUGCCAUGAGUAGGAGUGUAAGCAACUCCUCAUCCUCCUCUAAGGCAGUGGAAAGAGAGGAUGUAGAAAUUGGUGCAGAUCCUCUUUCCCAACUGGCCUCAGAACGCGAGGAGGCAGUGUCCAUUCAGAGCCAAGAAUCUGCACGCUUCGUCCCGCCGGUGGUCUCCCGAAACCUCGCUGAUGAGAUAGAGAUGUACAUGAACCUGAAGAGCCCAUUAGGAUCCAAGGCCUCCAGCAUGGAGCUGCGCCAUGACGACCAGCUAAAGAAUGAUUCUGUGGACACUCCUCCGUGCAAACAGCCUCUGGAACGAAGAUCCAGCCUCCCUGCAGCCCCUGUCAAGACCCCAGAUUUACUGGAAACCCCCAAACGCAGUCCCACUGUCACACGCUCCAAGACUUUUGCCAGCAAGUACCUGAAAACACCUGGCUCUGCAGGUCAAAGGUCAUCCCUGACUGCACUAGUGAAGUCAUCGCAGAGUGCAUCACUGGGCUCAGUUAUCAACACCAUAUCAGGCAUCAAGAUGGACGCCUUGCUUUCAGGACCCAAAGUGGAUAUGCUGAAGUCGGGCAUGAACAAGGCAGCCAAUGUAGCCAGUAAAGUUUGGACAGUUGUAGCUUCUGCCUACUCCUACUCGGACGAUGAGGAGGAGCAGAAUCAGCCACGGGACAGCUUUCCUGCUCGACUCGAGGAACAGAUACUCUACGGAGAAGCAGCAGCAGAAGCCGCUGUACCCAGAAACCUGAUGCCCGGACUGGCCUCUAACGGCCUCACACACAGCAGUACAAGCUUGGGUAGCAGCAGUGGGAGCAGUGAUACAGGCCGGGGACAGCAUGCUACAUCCAUGACUCCUGGCAGGUCUGUUAUGGGUGCAGACUCUGAACAGAGUUCAUCUCGGAAUGCCAGCACCUCUAGCAUCUACCAGAACUACGCUUUGGAGGUGCUAAUGUCGAGCUGUUCUCAGUGUCGCUUCUGUGAGGCUCUGGUUUAUGAUGAGGAAAUUAUGGCAGGAUGGACGGCAGAUGACUCCAACCUGAACACCACUUGUCCUUUCUGCCAAAACACAUUCCUGCCUCUGCUUCAUGUAGAGUUUCAUGACCUGCGAGCUUCAUCUGGGUUCUAUCUAAAGCCGAGCACGUCAGGAGACAGUGUCCACAGUGCUAAUACACAGCAUACAGCCUCAGAUUGCUCAGAGGUGAAGGUGGGCAACCCCAGUGACCCAGCCGACCUCGUCACCUUUGCUGAAUCUCCAGACAGCAAGGACGAGGCUGUUAAACCCAAACUGCUUGUCUCCGAGCCAGUGAUUUCUGACCCUCUGGGCCUGCUGAAAAGGCAGGCUGAGAAGCGUGGUUCGUCUUUGACUCGCAGUAACAGUGUGGGAGGACCUCUGCAGAGUCUGGAUUCCAUCCAACGUCCCAAUCAUGGAGUUUCUACCACCAGUCUGCCAAAUAGCUUGGAUACGCUGGAUCAGAAGCAUCCUAACCCAAAGCCAGUGUCGGUUCCUUAUCUCAGCCCUCUGGUUUUACGGAAGGAGCUAGAGUCCUUACUAGAAAAUGAUGGUGAUCAGGUAAUUUACACCCACAAGUUCCUCAGUCAGCAUCCUAUCAUCUUCUGGAACCUGGUGUGGUAUUUUCGUCGACUGGACCUGCCCAGCAGUCUGCCUGGACUCAUACUGACAUCUGAACACUGCAACAAUGGUGUACAGCUGCCGUUGACGUCCCUGGCUCAGGACAGUAAGCAAGUGUACGUGCAGUUGCUGUGGGACAACGUCAACCUUCACCAGGAACCCACUGAGCCUCUUUAUCAGCAGUACAGGUUUUUCUUGCGGAAGAAGGGCUCUUUGGCUCCCACUGACUACCAGGAGAUAAGGACCCUCCUCAACAGCAUUGUCAGAAACAUCCAGACCAAUGACGUUUAUGAUCCCAUUAACCUGCUGCUUAGAGAGAUCAAGAGACAUCCAGAGGUCAAGCGGCAAAGGAGUAUAUACAGGGAGAUUAUGUUCCUUUCACUUGUGGCCUUGGGAAAGGAUGACAUUGAUAUUGAGGCCUACGAUCGGGAGUAUCAGCUAGCUUAUGAAAAGUUGAGUCCGGAGCAGCUGAAAGUGCUCUCAUCUAUUGACAGACCACCCUCCAACAGAGUGCAGUGGUGCCUUAAGUGCUUCGGAGCUCCUUUCAUCUGACAUAAGACCAUAAAUCAUAUUUUCCUUAAUGUCCUAAGACAUUUUGGAGACACAGUCCAUGUAGACAUUGUGUUGAAUAUAAUGACUGUCUCUCUGUGUAUCGUUAUUAUAAAAUGGUACCUCAUCGUCCUUCGUCAGAGAUUUGCAUCUGAGUCCGAGCCUGCACUUCGGUGUUUGGCUGUACCAAUAUGUUGCAUCGUGCUUUUGAAGUCUUCAAAUGUUAUAAUUAAUUUCUUUGGUAUAUUUAUGUUUAUGAACCAGUGGGAGUAAUGCAUCUAAAAGGACGGGAACCCAGUCAGUCUGUUAACACUGCCUUGCGUCCUAAGUUUCCCUCCAAACAAACCUGUGGAAGAAGUCCAGUGAGAGUGGAGAUGCUUUCCCUUCAGAUCAAUGGUCUUAGAUGUGCACUUUCAACAUUUCUUUUCAUUUUCAUUGUUUGUAUAUAUUUUUCUAUGAUAAAUUGUUUAAAGUAGAUUGCUUUUUACUGAGUGAGGGAUCUGUAUCUAUUUCAGUCAGUUUUACAUGCAAGUUAUAUCAACAACCUGGGGCUCUAGUGUCACAGUACAAGGAUAAAUGUGUGUGAGUGAGUGUGUGUGGGCAGAUGUGUAAAUUGACUCUGUGUGCAUUGGGACGACUGUGGCAACAGACAAUCAUUACUAAUCUAAAAAAAAGUUAAAGAAUAUCUGUUUCAAUUAAGGUAGCAAGGUUGUGAAAACGGUUUGAAACGGUCUUUCUGUAAAAGAUAUCGUUUCAAUAGUUUUACUGGAAGAUAAGUUUUGUUUUUUACACCUUCGGACCUAAAUUUUGGAUGAUUGGGGGAUAAUAUGUGUGUAGAAAUCAUUUAUAAUCCAUCCAUAUGAAAGUAAACGUUUCUUUAACAGAGACUCAAACAGUCCGUUUGAACCUGUAUGUGUAUGAACAGUACUUUCAAGUAUGAGUAACUUCUGUAACACCUUUUUUUUCAUGCGUGUCCUUAUAUGAUUUUAAUCACAUAAUAAGUACUGAACAACCCACAAGCAAUGAUUUUAAGCUUUCAGUUUAUAUUAGUUUAGUUUGAGUAGAAGGAAUUAAGCACACACAAACAAAGCACAGUUUUGAAGGAAAAAUAAAGUCCAGCAUCAAGUUGCUACAUGAAGCUACAGAAAUUUGCAGACUCGAGUUCUGCACGUGCUCUGUUUUGGCAGUUGGAGUUGGAUGUGGCUUCCACCCUAACAUUGCCAGAGCUGGAUUUACUUAUUGAUUCUGACUCUUAUCGAUUUCUGUAUUGUUUUUUUUUUUUUCAGUUCAUACAAGAAGUCAAAUUUGUUUUCCACCUUAACAAGCACAGAACCUCAAGGGUAAUGAUUAUAAUCCCAGUAUGAUGGAAACACAAGAAGAAAUUGAAUCGCUUUGGGCCACAUCAUACAUCAGUUUAUAUAUCAGUGCUUGUGCUUUAGCGAUUUGUGUAUAGCUUUAAUAAGGUGACAAAUAACUGCUCUCUGUCCAUAUUGAUGUUGCUUUAUGCCUUGUAAAGACAUAAAACCACCUCCUUAACAUCCAGAUCUCAAAGUGUGAGGCCAUGCACCAGCUUUACUAUAUCACUUACGUGUACAAAUGUGUAUCAUGUCCAUUUAAAUAGUAUUUUGUUAGUUUAAUUCAGUUUGGUUGUCAGUCAUGUUUUGUAGAUGUAGAUUCAUUUAACAUUGUAUAUAAGAUUUUAAAUGUGUCUUGGGUGCCGUUUCACCUGCAUUUUUAUAUGGAUCAUCUCAAUUUGGAUACAAUCCCGAUACACAAUAUAUGAAAUGACCAGGUGUGAGCUGUUAGGAAUCUGUUAUAUUACAUUUUCUGCUAUUUCUACAUGCACAUGCUCACCUUUUUAUUAGCCCUCAGUAGUUUCAGUAGUUGUGCCUUAAAGAAGGUAGGUUUUACUACUAAUAAAUUAACGUUAUAGAGUGCAACUUGCCUUAAUUUAUUUAUCCUGUCUGUUAGAUGGAUGUGUAGUUAUUUGACAUCUGACAUAAAUUGUCCCAUAUUUUUCUUCUUGUAAAAUAAUCCGGGUUUGUUUUGGGGAAAUUAUCAAAUUUUUUUUGUUAUGCAUCUGUAUAAAGGACAAUUGCUUGUACUUCACUAACAUUUCUUAAAUGAUAAAUACAACAGAAUUAAUUCAAUGUUAUUCAUUGGUAGUGAAGUAUUUAAAUGAAAGCUUGAGAAAAGAGCUAAAGCUUUUUGUGAGUGUGUAAGAAUUAGUUAUGGGGAGAUAAAAUGCUUUGGUUGUGUAUGUGUGCAUUGGGAGCAUGCUUUCUGGGAUAUAGCAAAUUAAUACUGAUUUAGAAUGAUCUUAGUACUAGGGUGAGGAUUAUUGCAAAUCAGGAUUAGAGGAUGUUUGUCAUUUGACUUAUAGUGCAGAAGCAAUUGCUCAAAUGGAGGAGGGUUUUUGGGUAGAACGAAACAAAUACUUUUGUAUAAAGCAGAGUCCACAUAAAAUACAUCAACAUCGUAUUAGAAACAGUAAGUAAACUACAGUUGUGUUGAUGUAAAGUAAUAUAUAUACUUUAAUUGUCUUAUAUUAAUAAACAGCUUCCAUGUCUAUAGGAAGGUUUUUCACAAUA